GAGAGAGAGAGAGAGAGAGAGAGAGAGAGAGAGAGAGAGAGAGCAGACCUGACGGUGGGUUCAGAUCAGCCUCGGGUCUGGAUCAGCUCGGAUCCGGUAAACCGGCUGUGAUCAUACGAUUUCAGAAUGUGUCCUUCACAGGAAAAUAUGAGAAAAGAAAACAGAAUGACGGCUCGCCAUGGGGAAAAUAACAUAAAACCUGCAGCAGGCGAAGGGCGAAGAAAGAGAAUAAAUGCUGAAAGUGGACCAUGAAGAACACCUGCGACUGAUCAGAAAUUCUGUGAGACAAACUGCUCAGUGAACCUCUGCAAUGGCAGUACAUAUUGUACUUCUUUUAUUUUUAUUCUCCGUAGGGGAAAGGCAAAGGAAUGGCACCUCAGUGGCUGUCGGCCUUCCAGAGGAACGCGACGAUUUACAGUUUACAUCAAGUAAAAAUGGAGUUUCAUCUCAUUCAGACUCCACCCAUAAGCCAUUUGUUAGAAAUAAACAGCUGGAAGGCCACAUGCAGAAUGCACAGUCUGACGUGAAAUCUCUACCAAAUGUGGAUUUUACAUCAGAUGAUCAAGAAUCUUACUUGGACUUGCAUAAUCCAAAUGUAUCAGGACAAGCACUUCCUCAUCCUCUGACACUAAUUAAUGAUCACAGACAGCAGGAGUACAUGCUCCAGCCUGGGCUCCGUGUAGAGACAGGUGUUAACAUCCUGCCUGAGAGGACACGAGGACACUCUAAACGGGGUGCAGAGACUGGGCGGUACCCGCCACGAGCAGGGCCUCACUCUCGCCAUCGAAGAAGCUGGCUCUGGAAUCAGUUCUUUGUGAUCGAAGAGUACAGAGGACCUGAACCUGUGCUCAUCGGACGGCUGCACACAGACAUGGACAAAGGCGACGGCCGCACUAAGUACAUGUUGGAUGGAGAGGGAGUGGGUUCCGUGUUUGUUAUUGACAGCAAGACAGGCAACAUACAUGUCACCAAGUCUCUUGACCGGGAGGAGAAGGACCAAUACCGUCUGAUUGCAACAGCUACGGAUCGACAGACCGGCCGCGCCUUGGAGCCGUCCUCUGAGUUCAUCAUCAGAGUGCAGGACAUAAAUGACAACCCGCCUGUCUUCCCUAACGAACCCUAUGUCGCCAUGGUGCCAGAAAUGGCCAACAUAGGCACGUCUAUAAUCCAGGUAACAGCCAGAGAUGCUGAUGACCCGACGUAUGGAAACAGUGCCAGACUGGUGUAUGCUGUCACUCAGGGCCAGGACUAUUUCUCAGUGGACCCUCAGACAGGCAUACUGAGGACAGCGGUACCUGACAUGGACCGAGAAACUCAGGAAGAAUAUAUGGUGGUGCUCCAGGCCAAAGACAUGGGGGGACAUCUGGGCGGACUAUCAGGGACAACAACAGUCACUGUGAAGCUGAGCGAUGUUAACGACAACCCCCCUCACUUCAGAAAGAGUGCAUGGUCGUUCUCUAUCUCAGAGUUAGCAGCACCAGGUGUGGAGCUGGGCCGCCUCACUGCCUCUGAUCCUGAUGUGGGAGAAAACGCACAGCUGGAGUUCAGUAUCACGGAUGCUGAAGAUGCUGAAAUAUUCAAUAUCAGUGGACGAGCCCAAGAGGCAGUCAUUGUGCUGAACAAGCUGCUUGACUACGAGAUCCGCAGUUCGUACUCUUUCUCUGUGGAAGUUGCUAACCCUGUGGUGGAUGCCCGCUACAUGAGGAAAGGUCCCUUUAAGGAUCAAGCAACAGUCCGGGUCAUGGUCCUUAAUGCUGAUGAGCCGCCGCGAUUCUCCAGAGCUCUGUAUCACCUGGACGUGUCUGAGAACUGUCCACCUAUAUGUUCUGUGGGCCGGGUCUAUGCUGUGGACCCGGACACAGGACAAAGCAACAACAUCAGGUACUCCAUCGACCCGCAGUCGGACCCUGAGGCUGUGUUCCGCAUCUCCUCUGACACAGGCUUUAUCAGCACGGUGAUGGAGUUGGACUGCGAGCAGGAGCAGUGGCAUAACAUCACCGUCAUCGCCACACAGAGAGACAAUCCUAAUCUUGUGUCAAGGGUUGUGGUUGCCAUAGAGACACUAGAUCAAAAUGACAAUGCACCGGAACUGGACAGGCUGUAUGCAACAUCUGUUUGUGACACAAGUGCCCCCGGCCAGGUCGUUCAGGUUCUGCGAGCAGUUGACAGGGACCAAGGAGGACAGGACACUCCAGUGCACUUCAGCAUCCCUCCAGAGUCCAGUUCUGCUCUCAACCUCACCAUCAGGGAAACGGGAGGUGUGACAGCCAGCCUGGUGCUUCAGUCAGCCUUACAGCCCCUUCCUGGAUUUUCUCCCUCAUUACUCACCCUCUAUGUACCAGUUGUGUUGCGUGACGGCGCCUCUGGUUUAACCAACACUGGCACGGUGACGGUGACCAUUUGUCCCUGUUUGCGAGGGGGCAUGCACACGGAGGAUAAGGGACGACAGCAGGACCGGAGAUGGGAGCGACACAUGGUGUGUCUGCCGGUGCCCUCCGCCUCACCGUCUCUCAUAUUUAGCCUGGUCACUUUACUGGCCAUGCUGGCUUGUGUCACCACUCUCCUCGUGGUGUGUGCACUCUCGCUGUCAUUGCACCAUCAGAAGCGAGACUCCCACUCACCCUUCGAGGAAGAUGAUGUCAGAGAGAACAUCAUAUCCUAUGAUGAUGAGGGGGGAGGCGAGGCCGACACCGCGGCGUUUGACAUUACGGCGCUGCAGAGCAUGCACAGAAUACAGCACAUGCACAACAGGAACAUAUGGUACAUGCAGCAGAAUCUGCCGAGGGCCAGAACGUACAGCUGGAGUCGUAACCUUCGCCCCGGCCUGGAAGCCGAGCGUCCCGGCUCUGCGCCUCUCUGCGGACGCCUCUGCUACGGCAUCCACAUGCUGCCUGUUCCCCGAGAUUAUCCGGCAGGGCCACUGGAGGCGGGGCUGCAGCUCACUCAGCUGACACACGAGGUCGUUAGCAAAUCCCCUGUCACGCAGAGCCAGAGCACCUUCGAGCCUCUGAUGUGCCCCCCUCAGAUCAGCCUUGGUGGUUACCAAGCAGCGCGCAUGCUGGCAAACACCAAAAGCACAGACAGAAACGGUGGAAGUGAAUUAAUUGCUGCGGACAGAAAAGAGAAUCAAGAGCAGGUCAAGAUAAGCCCAACCGGAUCAGAGCCGUUAUCAGCGAGCACAGCUGCAAAUCUGACCUACUGCGACCUCAACGAGUCGUCAUGUCAAAGCCACACCAGCUCCUCGUCAAACCAACAAGAGGGGAGGCCGGGGUCAUCUCAGACGCAGAUCAGCACCGGAGCAACCAGCGGCACCGUCGACGACACCGACACCGACUCCUCCAUUCCCUCCAUCUCCGAGAGGAAUUAUUCAAAUGGAACUCAAAUUUAUUCUGUUAGCGCUCCUGUUUACCUGAAAGGAGACACGUAUAGCGUUGUGGGCUCGCUGAAUCCAAAUAACAAAGGGAUGUACAUGAACAGGGCGAGCGGCAGCAGCGGCUCAUACCCACGAGGGGUGCAGCUGGUGAACAUGUACACGCUACUGGAGAGGAAGACGGUGACCCCUCAGGCUGUGGCCGCGUCCGUCGGUGUGUUCGGAAAUUGCACGAGUUCAGAACAUGCAGCUGCCAGAACAGAAUCUGCCAAACCCCUCCUCCGCCAGAUGGAAGACCUCCUCAGUAUCCGUCUGGAUCAGGUGACCUCCGACCUGUCCCAGCCACCGUAUGACUCCCUGCAGACGUACGAGUUUGAGGGGCGCGACUCGAGGGCCGAAUCGCUGAGCUCGCUGGAGAGCUCCAGAGAGAAGGAGGAGGAGGAACAGGAGGAGGGCAGCAUGGCGGGAGGAGGGAUGGAGGAGUUAAAUCAGAAGUUUCAAAGGCUGGUGGAGAUUAUCAGAGAGCGGCAGAAGGAAAAGAAGCAGGAGGGAAAGGCGGCGGCGGAGGCUCAGGGAGGCGAGGACGGGGUGGCUGCACUCGGCGAGCCUCAUAAACAAAGCAAGGACAGAGUAAAAGAACAGCAGCAAUGGGAUUUCUAGAGGCGCCACGCGGCAAUAAAGGAAAAGUUAGAGAGAGGAGAAGUCGCCUGACAGUGAUGGAUUCUAAACACAGCAGGGUGGCAAAAACAUGCCGCCUCUGACAGAAAUCACCUUGUUUUUCCCCCUGGCAGGGAAAUCCGGGCUGCUGACAGUAGAGCUGAGAUUUGUGGUGGAAUCCGUGCACGUCGUAUAGUUUCACCUCCACAGUGUUUUUAACAUGCAUAUGGAACCUGUCACUUUCACACUCUUCCUGUGACUGAUAUUAAUAAUGCACUUGAGUUUUAAAAGCUAAAGUUAUGAAAAAUUUACUUUUUUGAAAUAUUGAUUCUGAGCCCUGAAAGCUGCAUUGUUAGAAAAUAGGCCUCAUCAAAUAUUGAAUAGAUUUGUGAAAUUUAAUACUGAUAGUUUUAAUUGUGGCGUGCUCAGUAGAAAUACUUGGAUUAGGAAUCCAGUGUUCGCGUCUCAUUAGGAAUGCACGCCGCGAAGUAGAUCACCUCUUAAAAUCACACGAGUGUAGAGUACUGCCAUGUGUUCCACUGCAUACACCGGCCUGCGCACAUUUACGGCACAACAGAGCGUUAAAGCCCAUGAUAGAAAACCGUCUCACUAUGCAAUCUGCACACACAUUUACAAAUGCUUACAUUGUCAAAGACUGUUGUGUGCUGUUGUCAAAGUAGAGUAAACUAUGUCCAUAUUUACUGAAAU